AUGCUGUCAAGACACGUUCUCCCCUGGCUUGUCAACCCCCUUUUGGGCACUGCCUUUGGCUCAAAAAGCGGGCCGCCUGCUCCUAUUGUCAAGAUUAAUGCUGGCAUGCUUGUCGGCACGACGACUACUAUCGCCAACACCACUGUAACCGUCAGCGAGUUCUUGGGCGUUCCUUUUGCAGCCUCUCCCACUCGUUUUGCGCCGCCUACUCGCGCUACAUCUUGGUCAACUCCAUUGCAAGCGACUGCAUAUGGUCCUGCAUGCCCUCAGCAGUUCAACUACCCUGAUGAACUCCGUGAAGCGGAGAUUGCCUGGUUCAAUACACCACCCCCGUCGGCUGGCGAAAGCGAGGACUGCCUAAACCUUAACAUCUACGUCCCAGGAACUCCGGGGAAUAAUAAAGCCGUCAUGGUCUGGAUAUAUGGCGGAGCGUUGCAAUAUGGCUGGAAUUCAUUUCACCUUUACGACGGGGCUAGUUUCGCCGCUAAUCAAGAUGUCAUCGUCGUGACCAUCAACUACCGAACAGGCAUUCUGGGAUUCCCUGCUGCUCCCCAGCUUCCAAUAACACGACGAAAUCUAGGUUUCCUCGAUCAAAGAUUCGCUUUGAGUUGGGUACAGCAGAACAUCGCAGCCUUUGGUGGUGAUCCUGGGAAGGUCACAAUAUUUGGACAGAGCGCGGGGGGGAGAAGCGUCGACAUCCUCGUGACGUCUAUGCCGCACAACCCACCUUUCCGAGCGGCAAUUAUGGAGUCCGGUGUGGCUAACUACAACUUUCCCAUGGGAGAUUUAUCCGGACCCUGGAACACCACUGUUCAAGCUCUCAACUGUACCACCAGUAUCGAUAUCUUGAAAUGUAUGAGAAGAGUCGAUCUCGCCACCCUGAUGAACACGAUCGAGCAUCUUGAAGUUGUGUUUGAGUAUACUCUGGAUAAUGUAACGGCUGUGUACCGUUCUGAAACGGCUCGCAGGGCCGGUAACAUUGCUCGUGUACCUAUUCUCAUCGGGACAGUUGCCAACGACGGGCUUCUCUUUGUCCUCGGGGAGAAUGACACACAAGCAUACCUUGAGGAGGUGAUUCCGAAUCAGCCAAGUCUCUACCCGGCGAUCCUUGAAGCAUAUCUAAUUAGAUCCCCAGGUAUCGGAUCGACUCAAGAUCAGAUUGCCGCCAUCGAGACCGAGGUGAGAUUUCAGUGUCCUUCCGCCAUCGUAGCUCAGGACACCCAGAAUCUGGGAAUCCCUACUUGGCGCUACUACUACAAUGCUACUUUUGAGAAUCUGGCGCUUUUCGCCGGGUCCGAAGUGUACCACAGCUCUGAAAUCGGCAUAGUAUUUGGCACGUAUCCUGUCGCAAAUGACACCGCUUUGGAGGUCCAGACGAACAAAUACAUGCAGGGUGCUUGGGCAGCCUUUGCCAAAGACCCCACCAAUGGGCCUGGGUGGAAACAAGUGCCGAACAUCGCAGCACUGGGCUCACCAGGGAAGGCCAUCGAGGUUGACAUCUUUCCUGCGACAAUAGACAAAAGAUGUGCCUUAUACACGUCUUACUAUACUGAGUUGGGCACAAUCGCGUCAGGGAAAUCUCAGCUGAUAGGGUGA